CCACAGGGGAUUCGUCGGCUGAUAGUUCUGAAGGAGAUGCCAUGCCUGUCUUUUGAAUUACCUCUGAGUGGACUUGAACCUUCAACCUUUCAGACAGCAACUGUCUGCACCACCCAGGGAUGCCUGUGUGACUACGAAGCUGUGCACUUUUCAUCAGGCUGGCAACGCCAACCCUGGGGCGAACCAGACCAUCAACCUGAACCAUUAUGCCACCAAGAAGAGUGUGGCAGAGAGCAUGCUGGACGUGGCCCUCUUCAUGUCCAAUGCCACGCGGCUGAAAGCGGUGCUGGAGCAGGGGCCAUCCGCUCAUUACUACACGCCCCUCAUCACCCUCCUCAGCAUCUCCCUGCUGCUGCAGGUGGUCAUUGGCAUCCUCCUCGUGGUCAUAGCGCGACUGAACCUGAACGAGGUGGAGAAGCAGUGGAGAUUAAACCAGCUCAACAAUGCCGCCACCGCCUUGGUCUUCAUCACUGUUGUCAUCAACAUCUUCAUCACGGCCUUUGGGGCACAUAAGACAGGGGCCCUGGCUGCCAGGGCCUCAAGACAUCCUCUCUGAACAGAGCCUGGGGUCCAGGUACCGAGCCCUGAACUGCUUCCACCUCCUUCCUCCUGGAUCUCCUAGGCUGCUGAGCACAGCCCCCUGAGAGCUUCUCAAAGGGAAAUGCAGAUCCUCUUGCUCUCUCCCCAAAAGCAUCUGAGUUACGAGUUGAUACUUUCAUUCAGCGAAUUCCAUCUUGGUCUGGAGAGUUGAGCUCCCGCCCAGGUACUGCCAAUCUUUCCCUCGUGGUCACAACUCCCGAACCGCGGGCACAUGAGAAGCACCAAAUCUUCCCGGUUUCAGAUGCUACUUCUGACUUACCCCACCCCUUCACUCUGCUUCGUGUCUUUUACUUUCUGUGAAAUGGAAUGAUUUCUGUCUAUAAAGUUUUCAGCAACUCCA